AUGUCUUCCCCACAACUUCCAGCCUUCUUAUGGGACAAGGGUACACUCACCACUGCCGUAUCCGAUGCUGCUUACCUAGUAAAAGCUCUCUUCUUCUUUGUACUCCCGAUGACUCUGGUCACUCUACUCAUCCUGGUCUGGAAAGUUACCAAACACAAAGUCAACAAGGACAGAGAACCAGACCAAAGAAAGGAGGCGACACUGCUGGUGUGA